AUGACUGAAGAUUUAGAGAAUGCAUAGUAUCGAAAUAAAAAUAAUAAUCAAAUUUUUAUUUAUGAUUAACCAAAAGAGUCUAAUUCUUAAAAAUACUACCCAACUGCUUCUUAAACUAAUAUACAGUAAGAUUUCAACAAUUUUAGAUCUUUUAUGAAAAAAAAGUCAUUAGAAAUUAAGGAUCGCUCAAGCAAAUAAGAGUGUAUCAUUACUCCAAAGUAAGAAAGUUCAAUUAAAAGGGUUGUUACUUAAUAAGAAGAAGCGGAAAGAAGCGAAGAUAACUUUGGAUUGAUUUAGUUUUUAAGGAAGAAACAAUAAAACAUAAACAAUUAAUUUAAAGUAAUACUUAGAACUUUGAACAUAAAAAAAUUUAUGAACAUAAUGAAGGGUAAAUCAAAAAAAUAUUUGUUUAGAUGGAUGUCACAGCUUCAUUUUGAUAUUAUUGGAGACGUAUCAUCAGAUUAUAGUUUCUUUUAUUACAAUGAUGUUUUUUAUUCAAAAGUAAAAUUUUCUUCAAAAGCAAUAAAUAAAUAAAUGAUUAAAUCUUUAAUAUAUUAUUUAAAUUAGAGGCCAACCCACUUUGAAAAAUUGAAAUUCUGGUUAAAAGAAACAUUUGUUGGAUAGUUAUGGUAUAAUCCUAAUCUAGUUAUUCACCCAGACUCUAAAAUAAAGAUAAUUUGGGACAUAAUUUUUAUUUUACUCAUGAUUAAUAUGAUUAUUUAUCUCCCAUUGCACAAUAGCUUUGAUAUUGGGACAGGUUUUUAAAAUUUUGUUUGCUAUUAAUUAGUGAAUAUAAUAUUCCCUCUUGAAAUAUUGUUAAAUUUAAAUACUGCUAUUUUUAAGAGAGGGCACAUUAUCACAAGACGAAAGCUUAUUAUUAGAGACUACCUUAGGAAUAAAUUUGUGCGAGAUUUUAUGAUUACUUUAAUAUUUUUUCUGAAUAAUGGGUCUCAAUAUUAUAAAUAUUUGGAUUAUAUAGUAUUAUUAAGAAUUUUUGACAUUCUUAAAAAGUUUACUGAGCUUGAUGAAAGAUUUAACAAAGACAAAUAAGUUUCAAUAAAUGCUAAAAUAAUAAAGUUAGUAUUUAUUAUGUUCAUAGUUGGUCAUUUAAGUGCUUGUUGCUUUGUAGAAAUAGGAUAAAUAGAAAAAAAUGCUGGUAAAAUGAACUGGUUAGAUGUUAGUACAAGUCCUUAAGAUUCUUGGCAUGAUGUUUAUAUUACAUCAAUUUAUUGGGCAACUAUAACAAUGGUAACGCUUGGAUAUGGUGAUAUAGUUCCUGUUACUUCUAUGGAAAGGGUCUUUGUAAUAAUUAUGAGUCUGUCUUCAUGUGGUAUUUUUGCUUAUAGUUUCAAUUAAAUUGGUGAAAUUAUUUAAGAAAUGUAAAGAUCAAAAUCAGAAUUUUAGUAAAAAAUGAGAUAAUUAAAUUAUUUAAUGAGUAAAAGAGGAAUCGACACAUAACUGCAAACUAAAAUUAGAAAAUAUUACGAAUAUCAUUAUUAAUAAAAAUAUUAAUCUGAUUUAGAUAUCAAUUAUGUUACUGAAAAUCUCAGCUCCUUAUUAAAAGAAGAAGUAUUUAAAGAUUUGUACGGGAAAAAGCUGAGAUAGCAUAAGAUAUUUUCUUUAAACUUUAAUUCUGAUGUUAUAGAUGCACUGGCUCUAAGAGUAAAAGAACAGAAGUUUGUAGCAGAAGAGUACAUAUUUCAAGAAAAAGAAUAUGAUGAUAAGAUCUAUAUCUUAGUUUAAAAAGAAGAAGUAAUUGGAGAAGAAGAAUUUUUCAAUGAGUCACAUAAAAGAUAAUACUCUCUGAAAUCUUGUAAUUCAAGUCUAGUUGCAUUUUUGACUAGAAGAGAUUUCUAUGAAGUCUUACAAGACUAUCCCGAAUAAUAUGAAUUUUACAGAUAGCUUAAAGAUAAAAUUAUGCUCUAUAAUUAACACUAAACUCUAGGAAUUAAGUGUAUUAUUUGCGAUAAAUUUUCUCAUAAAUAUGAUAAUUGCCCCUUCUUGAAUAUAGAGUAAAGGAAACAUCUAAUAAUUCAUAAUUCAAAUAAAUCUCAAGAUUAAAAAAGAGUUAAAGUUAGCAGAUUUUAAUAAAGGUAUAAUAGUAGAAAUAAUGUAACUGUAGUAUAAAAUGCUAUGAAUUUGUUUGAAAUUGAAUAUGAAAGCCGUUUAAAUUUAAGAACAGAAUCAGAAGCUUCUGAAACUUACGAAGCAUAUGAAGUUAAAAGCAGAAGUAAAGUAGGACAUAGCUAAGUAGAAUUUAAUGGUGUAAGCAGUUAAGUAAAUAAUUUAUUUCUUCAUGAACCCUUGGGAUCUUUUUGCAAUUUUAAACAUAAUGAGCUCUCUUCUUAUAAAGAUAAUAUUUCUUAAAUGGAUAAAUCUGAAAAAGAAGACAUACUUUCUUAGAUAUCACUGAGGGGAGCACAAUUAUAAAAUCAGUAGUCAGCUUUACAACCCUCUUAACUAAUUUUAUAAUAACCAUAAGUCUAAACUCUUUAAGUUUUAAUUGAUUACAAGUCAGAGAUUUCAAAUAAGAGUAAAAGAAAUAGUGAUGUUAUAUAAAUAAAGUUACCAGUACAACCAAUUUAAAAGGCCUAAGCUCUUAGUAAUAAUUAAAGUAAUUAGCAAUAAAGUGUUUAAAUGAUUUCAAAUUAGCAAACUAAUUAGAAUUAAUAGCAAAUAUUUUCUAUAAAUAUUGAACCAUAAUAAAACUCCUCUAAAAAUUAAAAGCAAAAUAUCGGCUCUUUCACAGAUUUGGAUCAAAGUUUUUAAUAACAAUAAAAUUUUUAAAGGAAAGAUGACAAAAAAAAGAGUACCCGCUUAAAAAAAAGAUCAACUCUCAUUUAAUAAGAUAGCGUUCCAAGUGGUUUAAAUGCUAUAAGUAGCAGUAAUAACUAACUAUAAGUGAAUAGAUAAGGGUCUAGAAAUUAGAGUUGUAAAUUCAAUGAUAUAAAAAACGCAAUCAAUGAAAAAUCUUAGGCUAGUUAAAUUUAAAAUGGAUUGAUUUUUUAUUUAGAAUUUUGCUAAUUCGAUUAUGAAGAAGUAUUUGAUGUUGGAAAAGAAUUUAAAAAAUAUUUUGUUAGCAACAAUCUUCUAGGUGUCAUAAAGCAAUUUAACCAAUCUUAAUUAAAGAAUAGAAAUAAAGCAAAAACAUAAAACAUGAGAAAAUCAAAAAAGAAAAUUGGUAGUCCUUCAAAGCAAAAAAAAAGUUUCAAGCACAUUAAAAGUCCGUCAAGUUAUAAACAUGAAAGUAUGAUAGUCUAACUCUGA